AUGAGCGUGGAACAUCUUCCGCGGAAAGAGGUUAACGUGCUGAAGGGUCACGAGGGUGCCGUGUUGGCCGCGAGGUUCAACGGCGACGGCAAUUAUUGUCUGAGUUGCGGCAAAGACCGUACCAUACGCCUCUGGAAUCCCCACCGUGGUAUACAUAUCAAGACCUAUAAAUCCCACGGCCGUGAAGUCCGCGAUGUCCACGUCACAUCGGACAAUUCUAAGUUAUGUUCCUGCGGUGGAGAUCGACAGAUAUUUUAUUGGGAUGUUGCAACUGGACGUGUAAUUAGGAAAUUUCGUGGCCAUGAUGGUGAGGUAAAUGGCGUCAAAUUCAAUGAGUAUUCAUCUGUUGUAGUCUCAGCAGGCUAUGAUCAAUCCUUACGUGCUUGGGACUGCAGAUCCCACAGCACUGAGCCGAUUCAGAUUAUUGACACAUUUGCAGAUAGUGUGAUGUCUAUUUGUUUAACAAAAACUGAAAUUAUUGGAGGAAGUGUUGAUGGAACUGUUCGAACAUUUGACAUUCGUAUUGGCAGCGAAAUUUCCGAUAACUUGGGGCAACCUGUCAACUGUGUAUCAAUGUCAAAUGAUGGUAACUGCAUUCUAGCCGGUUGUUUAGACUCUACUCUGCGUCUUUUGGACAGGUCCACAGGUGAACUGUUACAAGAAUAUAAAGGACACACUAAUAAGUCUUUCAAAUUGGAUUGCUGCCUUACCAAUACGGAUGCUCAUGUAACUGGUGGCUCCGAGGAUGGCUUCAUUUAUUUCUGGGAUCUUGUAGAUGCAUCUGUCGUUUCUAAGUUCAGGGCUCAUAACUCAGUGGUAACGAGUGUUAGUUAUCACCCAAAGGAAAACUGCAUGGUAACAUCUUCCGUGGAUGGCACCAUUCGAGUAUGGAAAACAUAA